UUAUAGUCGAGACGUGCGGACGUGCGUAAAACACCGGUGAAGUGGCAUGCCACAGCGAAUUUUUUACGAUGAAUUCAAUAAGUUGGCCUGAUCCUAGCGACCCUGGAAGAAUUUCUCUAGCUUAUCGAGAUCUGAGUGAACUUCCCGAAGGCUGGCACAAAAAGUUGAGCUUCGGUGACAUUACAGCGUUGGAUUUGAGCCACAACAAGUUGUCGUAUCCUUGUGCAGUUUCUACCUGUAGUGAUAUUGAAGACUAAAUCGCUGUCUGUAAAGAGUAAGAUUUCUGCUCAGCCCCAAUUAUUUAUUAUGCAUACAUGUUUCGACUCUGUUCAUUUGAAAUAGCAUGAAAUAGGGACUGUAUAAGAUUGCUGCAUGCAUAAUAAAUAUAUUGGGAUGUGCCGAAAUCUCCCAGACUGGCCGGUGUUAAUAAUUUAAGGUGGCUGAACACAGUUUUGGCAGUUUGAGAGUGUAUUCAUUUGCCAAAUCAUGACAAGGGAAAGGUUGCAGCUUACAAGCUGAAACUUGGCAAGUGAAAAAUAUACUAAUGAAAGAUUUUGAUUGCCAGGUAAAAUUUGAGUUUUAGUAGUUUCCAUGGCAGCAUGAACGAUUGAAUACAACCUAAAAUUCCACUUUCGCUCAGUUUACAUAAAAUUCGGUCAUUAGAUUUUCCUAUAGACUUGCACACAGCUUACUAUAGUUAAUCAUUACCAUUUGAAACUUAUUUGACCAAAUUUUAACAGGCAGGUUUUAGAUAAUCAGUGAUAUAUUAUUGUACUGUAAUUAUUAAAUGUGUCACAAAAUUCGUCUGUUCAACUUCCAUUUUAAAGUUCUCAUUAUUUAGAAUACGAUAAAAGUAAAAAUUCUGCCAAAUAUCACAAAAUUUUAAUGAGUAGAUUUUGAGAAAUUGUCUUCUGUGUACCACUGCUUUUUUGCUGCCAUGUUUGUUUGUCUAAUUUAAAACAUGCACCGUCACGCAAUUUACUGCAGACCGCCCACAAAACUGUGUUCAGCCACCUUAAGCUAACAUUGUCGUGUAAAUCUGUGAAGUUCAAGACUUAAGGAGUAGGAAGGUAGUUUUCAGAACAUUACACACAUUGUUUUACCUUUUUAAAUAAAUACUAGUCUGUCAGUAAAUCCUUACACAGAGGUUUGAGCGAUUUUGUUCAAAUUGCUAGUCAUUUGUGAUCAAGAAUAUUAUUACUUUUAAUUGAAGAGUUGACGCUCUUAGUUACAUCAUUGCAGGAAAUUCAAAUGUUCGGUUAUCAGAACUCAAAGCCAAGCUAGUAAUUCUAGGGGGUGGGGGUUUAAUAAAGGGAUUCACAUGUGCAAUAGUCAGACAUCCCUUGAGCCUCUAUGUGAGUACUUAAGGAUGUUGUUUUUCAACGAAAUUGUCACAAAUCCUAUCCUAUAUUUUCCAAGCAAAUACUGCCUCCUCCAGUGGCUUUCCCAAGUGUAAGUGGGGAUUGGGGAACUUGUGAGCACUCGAGACAAGCGAGAAGCGCAAGAGAUGGAUGAUGGGAACGAGCGUAGAGCACGAACGGGGUGUGAUGGGAAGGAACUCCCUUCGUCCCCUCUUUCCCUAAUAAUUAACUCAAAUUUCCCCCAGUGAUUGCGAGCGACUGGGGACGAGGCAGAUGCAAAUAGGCUCAUUUUCAUAGCAGCCAGGGGAAAUUCCCAUCCCUCACCAUGACAGCCCUUUUCUGGGGAUAUUUUUGCAUGGACUAGGUAGCUAGCAUCAAUUUGAGGGGAAGGAACAUGUAGCAGUACUCUUAGGUGCAACAGAAGCUGGGUUAAGUUCUGGCCAUGUUGUUCCUCGUUUGCUUGAGUCUGCCUUUUUCCAUUCUCGUAGUAUGGCAUUUUAAUUCCUUUUCAUUUAACACCUGUUUUCCUUAAUAACGAAUCAUAGGGACUUCAAGUUUUUGAGAGACACUGACAAUCUGAAUACAUUAAUUCUGGAUGACAAUAAUCUCACUAGUCACGUUAAAUUUCCUGUAAUUGGGUCACUUCACAUUUUGUGGGUAAACCACAAUAAAAUUACAAAUUUGAGUGCUUUUAUAGAGACUGUAGCCAUGUGCUUUCCAAACCUGAAAUACUUCAGCAUGAUGAACAAUCAAGCAGCUCCAAGUUAUUUUAAUGGUGGCACGUAUCACCAAUACAAGGAUUACAGGUAAUGUCAAAAAAUAUUUAUUUUUCUUUAUUUUUUUCCUCAAAUUAUUGUGAGAGUGACAAAGUUUAGGGGUAGGAAUACCAAAUUUCAGUUUAUAAAAUGUCAUUGCUCACAAUGUAACCAGUGAGAAUUUCCCCUUCACACAUCACACAACAUUGUGCCAUGGGUAAUUACGAAACCAGCUUUAGGUGCACUGAUUUCAAAUAACUGUCACUUGUAAUAGAGAAUUCUGGGUAGGGACAGAAAACCACCCUUUAGGGAAGGAGACAGAAAGAGAGAGGGGAGGGGGGUGGGGAGUAGAAAGAAUGCAAAUUCAUGAAAUUCCCUCCACGGCCACUUUCACACAAAUCCCUAACCACAAAACAAUGCCCCACCCCCCCCCCUCCAAAAAAAAAUAAAGUAAAAUAAAAUAAAAUGACAUAAGCAAACAACACAGUAAACAAGCUAAGACAUGGGAAGUUGAAACAAUCUACAAAAUGUUUGCUGACCGAGUUUUCAUAAAUCCAGGCAGAUAUAGAGGUAUGGAUAUGGUAGUCUAACAAAAACAUUCAUUGGGUUUCAGACAGAGGUUUUUUUUUUCAGGGGUUUACUGUGCCUUUAAGCAUUGUUUCCUUCAAGACAAAAUUUUGCUUGACAUGGUCUCUAUCUGCCCCCGCCCCCCUUUUAUUUGUAGACUAGCAAACAAUAGAAAACCAUCUUUUGUGCUGUCUUUUCCUGCAGUCUUUUCAUGUCUUUUAACAAUAUUGAUCCAUAUGUGUAAAAAGCUUGGCUACUAUGUCUCUGAAUUAAGCAAUUCAACGUCGAGAAACUUACCGUAAAAUUCUAAAUAUAAGCCCUGGGGCUUAUAUUUUUCAAAGGCCCUUUUCGAGGGGCUUAUGUGCGGAGGGAAAUUUGCGUUUCAAAAUUGAUUGGGCUAGCUUGUAGUUGGGCUUAUACAGGGAGGGGCUUAUUUUCGGAAUUUUAUGGUAUUCCAUGAAACAUAAGCAUGGAAAAUAGAGAUUCCUAAUUAUUACUUUUGUUUAAUACUAUCUAUUUAUUUGAUUAUUUUAUAAAUUAUUAGAAUUAUAAUUCCGGUAGUUUAAAAGCAAUACCAUUUAUGUAUAUAGGAAUGCUAAUAAAAAUUAAUGUUAUGUUAUGUUAUGUAAAGGGUCACCUAUUUUUUUUUCUUUUUUGCAAGGCAGCCUUCCAUCUCUUUGGGCAAGCUUAUUUUCUGGUUAUUUCUCAAUGAAAGAAGAGUGAUUCUACCCUGUUGUUUUUUUGCAGGUGUUAUGUUAUAAGCCAUCUUCCAAGCUUGGUUAUGCUAGAUGACCAUGCCAUCACAGCAGAGGAGAGGGAAGAAGCGCGUAAAGUGUAUGGCAACAGAAGAGUUUCCGUCAGCUCAAGGAGAGCCAGCAAAAAGCAUAAAGAAAAGGUCAGACUCUUAAAAUCUCUGCCUUUUAAAAACUGCAUGCGGUGGUAUGAUCUGGGCUGGAUGUUACAGUCUACAGAGUGGCAGGUCAUGGUCAGGGGCAGAUCUAGGGGGAGAGUGCAGGGCGUAUGCAAACUCCCCUGAGAUGACGUGUGGCUUUCUGAUACAACUGGUAUUCUGUAUUAAAACUUAUUUACGUCACCAGUCAGUUGCACCAUUCCUUAGUGGUGCGACCCUCCUAAGCAAGAUCCUGGUUACGCCCCUGAUAGUGAUUACUGAGUGCGGAGGUUUUUCCUUAAUUUGCUUUGCAAAUGGCUAGACCACCAUCUGGCUGACAUAAACAUUGGGACUGUAGUAACAAGUGGUUAUGACUUGUCCCUUUGCCAGUCGAUUCUGUUCAAACAGUGCCCUCAAUUGGGAUCUUUGACAGAAAAACAGUCAUAAAACGUGUAGUGCCUUCAAAUGUUUUCUGGAGCACAAAACCAUUGAACUACUUUCAAGAUGCGAUGGUAUCCAAAUAUAUUUGUCAUUUGACUGAAAAUAGUUUUAACACAUUUGAUCCUGAAAUGCCAUGGAUUUGAAGCUACAUGUACAACCAGUUGCAAAAAUGUUGAGACGUUCCGACAAAAAAACGAACUUUCUUGCUUCAAAUCGCUGCUAUUCACAAGACCGUGAGAUAAUGUAUAAUACUGACCUCCCUCCUCCCUCCCAUACAAAGUUGUUCCUCGAAGUUUUGAGCAUGGUCGUGUAUUGCUAGCAACUUUGCUAAGGGGUGGAGGGGGGAUCACAAGCACAAGAUCAUGAACACGCCAUUUAAGCCAAAAUACAGUACAGUGUCUCAACUACUUUUGCAACUGGUUGUGGUUGAGUUGUUUCCUUGUCACCAUCUGUUUAAAAAGAUAUGAGGUAAAUAAGUCUCGCCCAAAAAGUUGUUUACACUUGUUGAGCAUGCACUUAAGACGGCUUACCUUAUGGAAAAUAACUCUGAUGACUGAGGUGUGAUUUUAUUUCUUCUCUACAUUGUAGUUUACAUACAUAAAUUAACAUCAGAUAAAAACAACAACAUUAUUAGCUUGCCCCUAUGAUUAUUAUCAGUCCUCUUGCUUUUUUUGCAGCCCAAGCAAAGUAAACAUGGAUAAUUCACAUCGAUCUGAUUCAGUGGAACAUUGCUUUGAAUCAGUGAAACACCCCAGAGAAAUGGAAAUAAUACUGAAGGCACAUAACUGGUAUAACAGAUUGAUCAGGGAGCUACAGUUUGUGCAUGUAUCAACUGAAACGUGUACAAAAAGUUUGCAAAUCUCA